CAGGAAAACAAAAAAAGAACAGAGGCAGAGUAUUAAGUGACCUUCCAGCUUACUUAAAUUUCAUAGGAUAUAUAUACAAAAAAUGGCGUCUUGGCUUCUCUUUGCUGUGUUCUCUUGUGUUCUUCUUCUUCCCGAAACUGUAUUUGGGAAAACAAGGCAUUACACGCUGGACAUAAAAAUGCACAACGUGACACGUCUUUGCCACACAAAGAGCCUUGUUUCUGUAAACGGGAAGUUUCCAGGGCCUAAGAUUAUUGCUAGAGAAGGUGACCAGCUUCUGAUCAAAGUUGUUAACCAUGUGCCAAAUAAUAUCUCUCUCCACUGGCAUGGGAUCAGGCAAUUACGGUCUGGUUGGGCUGAUGGACCAGCUUACAUAACCCAAUGUCCUAUUCAGACAGGGCAAAGCUAUGUAUACAACUAUACCAUUGUUGGUCAAAGAGGCACUCUAUGGUACCAUGCACACAUCUCAUGGCUCAGAGCAACAGUCUAUGGUCCUCUUAUCAUACUUCCCAAACACGGUGUUCCUUACCCGUUUCCAAAACCUCACAAAGAAGUUCCCAUGGUCUUUGGGGAGUGGUUCAAUACAGACACUGAGGCAAUCAUCCGCCAAGCGACCCUGUCAGGAGGUGGUCCUAAUGUCUCUGAUGCAUACACAAUCAACGGUCUACCUGGUCCACUAUACAACUGCUCAUCUAAAGAUACAUUCAGACUGAGAGUGAAGCCAGGAAAGACAUACCUUCUCAGGAUAAUCAACGCUGCACUUAAUGACGAGCUCUUUUUCAGCAUUGCAAACCACACGGUUACAGUUGUUGAAGCUGAUGCCAUCUACGUCAAACCAUUCGAGACGGACACCAUCUUGAUCGCUCCUGGCCAGACCACAAACGUCCUGCUUAAGACCAAACCAAGUUACCCGAGUGCCUCUUUCUUCAUGACCGCUAGACCAUACGCCACAGGUCAAGGAACUUUUGAUAACUCUACAGUCGCAGGCAUCUUAGAAUAUGAACAACCUAAACAUGCAAAGACCUCUAUCAAGAAUCUUAAGCUCUUCACACCGGUUCUUCCUGCUCUAAACGACACAAACUUUGCUACCAAGUUCAGCAAUAAGCUGCGUAGCCUGAACAGCAAGAAGUUCCCGGCGAACGUGCCACAGAAGGUUGAUAGGAAGUUUUUUUUCACGGUGGGAUUGGGAACAAACCCUUGUAACCAUAAGAACAACCAGACGUGCCAGGGUCCUACUAACACCACAAUGUUUGCUGCAUCAAUCAGCAACAUCUCCUUCACGCUGCCAACAAAAGCUCUCCUUCAGUCUCACUACUCUGGGCAAUCUAAUGGAGUGUAUUCUCCAAACUUCCCAUGGAAUCCCAUUGUUCCUUUUAACUACACAGGCACUCCACCUAACAACACCAUGGUUAGCACCGGGACGAACUUGAUGGUUCUGCGUUAUAACACGAGUGUAGAGCUGGUGAUGCAAGACACUAGCAUUCUUGGUGCAGAAAGCCAUCCUCUUCACCUUCACGGGUUCAACUUCUUUGUCGUUGGCCAAGGGUUUGGGAACUUUGACCCGAACAAGGAUCCUAAGAACUUCAAUCUUGUUGAUCCGAUAGAGAGGAACACGGUUGGUGUGCCAUCUGGUGGAUGGGCUGCUAUUCGGUUCCUUGCAGAUAACCCAGGAGUGUGGUUCAUGCACUGUCACUUGGAAGUACAUACCAGUUGGGGUCUGAGGAUGGCUUGGCUUGUUCUUGAUGGAGAUAAGCCUAAUCAGAAACUUCUUCCUCCUCCUGCAGACUUGCCCAAAUGCUGAUAAAUCUUGCUUCAUGAUUCUAGUCCUUUUUUUUCUUUUUGUUUCUUGUCUCUUCUUUCUUCCAAGCUUCAUGUAUUUUUUUUUUGUUUGUUUCCGGCCAUUUAUCAGUUUGACAUGAGGUCAAGAAGUCCUGUUCAAUAAUUUGACAUGAGGUCAAUUUCUGUUCUGUUAAUUUUCUGUUGCAAAGCUCUGUUUUCUGUAACUGUAAUGUAAUAGCCAUGCUAAAUUAUAUAUACACAAUUUAAUUUGCAAAAGUUGUGCUGCU